AUCGUUCUUGACUUGCGGGGUUUUUUUUUUUUUUUUUUUGUUUUUAAUACUAACCCAACAUGGGCCGACCAGACGGACGUGGUGGUGGUCGUGGACGAGGCGGCAGCUUUAGUCGAGGCGGUGGUCGAGGCGGCAGUCGUGGUGCCGGGCGUGGUGGCGGUGGCUUUCGCGGCGGUGCUUCUCGCGGCGGAGGCGGCGGUCGUCCCCAGCCAAUGUUCGGACGUGGCGGCAGUCGUGGCGGCGCUGGUGUUGGCAAGUCGCAGCAGCAGUUUGUGACAGCGACCGCGGCAAGACGUUCGGCAAUGGAGCAACGCACCGUCACUGCGUACAAGAAGCUGUUGCGCAAGGAAGGUCGCCCAACAACGCAGACGCUGCGUGGUGAGGAGCGAGAGGCAGAGAAGGACGUCGAGCUCGACCGCAAGCAGCGGCAGGACAAAUACGCAGAGCGCGAUGCGCAGGCUGUGGUCAACGCUGAGCGAGAACGCGCGCGUGCAGCACUGGCAGCGGUGCAUGGCGGCGACCUCAAUGACGACGAUGAUGAGGACGAAGAUCUAGAUGGCAGUGCUCGUGGAUCACGGUCCUUGAAGAACGACAAUCAAGAAGUCGACGACGAUCGAGAUGAUGACAACGAAGAUGACGAUGAUACGCGAACAACCAUUGGCGGCAAGCAUCAGAGGCACUCGGACAGGGCAGCUGUGCCGGUCGGGUUUGCCAAGGAACGAGCACAGUUUGAGCAGGACAAGUUAGAACGCGAGGCGGCAUUCGCAGAAAGGCAGCGCGAGCGCGCAGAGCGGGAGCAACGGAUAAAAGAGCAGCGCCACAAGCGACGGGAAACGACGUCGCUCAUGAAACAACGCACCAAGCGUGGCCAACCCGUGCUCCACAACCAAGUAAAUGGGCUUCUCGACAAGAUUAUCAAGAUGCGAGCUGCUUCGUAAACCUUUCCCAGCUUUGUGAUUGGCUUUUGCCGGUUACAUCGCGGGUGUUAGUUGCUGCGUCUCUGCUUGUUGAUUGCGGUUGUGGUUGUUGUAUCUUCGGUGAUAUCGAUUGACAGUUCUUGACGACAUUCUUUCUUCGCAGAGGACAGCGUCGUAUUCAUUGUCAAAUGAGAAGGAUGAACCACUCAGUGUUUAUUUAUUGUUGAUUCGGUGCUUUUGAGCAAACUCAAGUCGCUGU